CCACGCGAUCAAGAACCUCACGGAUGGACAGACGUAGGCCUGGUAAACUUUGUGUUACCGUUCAAUAAUAAUGUAACUUAGUAUACUAGUUUGGGAAUCCUAAAUAUUUGCUUUAGGAUAACCCAACUGUCAAGAAAUAUACUGUUCCAGCGUUGAGAAGCCGAUGUGGGACCCUGGGAAUCUGUGGAGCUGCCAGUUGAUCUCCUGCUUUUGAGGAUAGUAGGACUCCAGGACCGACAGAGCAGGAGCUUGAGUUGCUCAGACACUGUGGCUGUGUAAUCUAGUUAAAGGGACCAACAACCGGCUUCCAGGCUGAACCCAGGAUCUGCCCCCGUGGCGUUUCUGACCUGGACUGAUGUGAAGUGCAACCCUUGGUGAGCCUGUCUGAAACAGCCUUUCAUUGGAGACUGGAAGAGGACAGAUAAUAUACCUGGGAGACUGUAAAGAAAGAAAGGAGGGAUACGAGAAAUUCAGCACAUCAACCGAGCCUCUAGAAUGCCUGUGGAGACCCUCCAGGCCUCUGGCGGCCGUCUGGCAGGGGUCCCCUUCACCUCAGCCAUGCCCUUCCGCAUCCUCAACAAGGGGCCGGAAUACUUCCGGCGGCCUGUGGAGCCUGGCGCCCGAAAGCUGAGCGCGGUGGAGCGGCUGGAGGCGGACAAGGCCAAGUAUGUGAAGAGCCAGCAGGUGGCGCUCACCAGACAGGAGCCUGUCAAACCCCCCAUCAUCCGCAAGCCUCUUCUGUCCCCUGGCAUGAUGCUUCAGUGUCGGAUCAGUGCCCCCCCAGCCCGCAAGGCCCCCCCCGCGUCCGGCCGACACGGAGAAGGAGGGGGGGCGGCGGGUGUAGGGUGGCGGCGGGGACCGCCCCUGAACCUGGAGAUCCUCAACAACCUCAUCAAUAACGUGUGUGACGGACCUGUGCCCUCCUCGCCAUCUCCCGCGCCCUCCUCCCCCUCCGCCUCCUCCCCUUCAUCCGGGGGGAACAGCUUUGGGAAUGGACAUUUGGCUGACCAGGAGAGGAGCGGUGGAGCCACGCACAACCUCAGGCCUGUUAAUAACUGCAACACCUCUUCAACCAACUCCUCCUCAUCCACCUCCUCCCCCCUGAACCACAGCCAGGCCUCCCGCGAGGAGCCCGGCCGCCGGCCGCCUCCUGUCCCCGCGCGGGGUGCCCGGCUGGGCUUUCCCGUUCCCUACAGCUCCCCUAACUCGGUGACGGUACGCAGGGUGGAUGUGAGGCCCCAGGCUGUGACGAGGACACUGCAGAGGGCCCCAGCUCUUAUCAAGCCCAGACAGACUGCCCAGCCCCAGGUGGCCCAUUCCCAGGCCUCACCCCCUCCACAGCAAUGCCAGCCCCCAACCCCCUCCAUGGCUCUCCCCUCUACCCCCCUCUACCUGCCUCCCAGCCCCAUGCUGAUACGGGCUGGCAUGAUGCCCCCGGCCUCCCCUGCUUUCACCCGCCUGUCUUCAGCCAGCUCCCGAGGUUCUCGCCCCGGCUCGGCCCGUAAACACCCCUCCUUACACCGCUCCAAGUCGGACCUGAGCGACCGGUACUCACGAGCCACGGCCGACCUGGAGCGCUUCUUCAACUACUGCGGGCUGCACCCGGACGAGGUGGAGGGCAUGGGGGGCGUGGAGCGUUUCGCCAGGGCCAGCUCGGACAUCGUGUCCGUGUCCAAGCUGCGCAGCGUAAGCACGCCCAGCUCCGAGUGUGAACGGGCGCGGGAACAGGGGGAGGACGAGGACGAGGAGGGUUCUGCCCAACCCGGGGAGCGUGUCCCCUACGGAAUCUCGGUCAUCGAGAGGAACGCCCGCGUCAUCAAGUGGCUCUACGGGAUCCGACAGGCGCGGGACAACACCACUGUGUCCAACGUGUAGAGGAAAGAGACAGGAGGAACAUCAGGGGGGAAGGUUCCGGAAUGAUACCCAGGCCAGACCCACAGUGUUUAUUUUUUUAUUAUUAUUAUUUAUUAAGAAAUGGCACAGAUCGUUGAGGGGGUCUUUUGGUAUACAUUGUAUUUUCAAGGAUGACCUUAUUUUGUACUUUGGGUCACGUCUAAUGGAUAUCAGUUUAUUUGAGGAGGGGGAUUGUUGCUUUUGAAGCAGCACACUUGGAGAACAAGAAUCAUAUGACUGAAUCUGGGCUGCAAGUCAGGACUGCUUCCAUCAAAGUGAAGGACAACAACGCCCUUCUCCUUAAACAAACAUACAAGGCAAUAAUGGCAGUGGUAGGAAUGACUGAAUGUGGAGACGUUGGUAACGUUGACGUCAGUGGCCCUGUAAUGAUGUGGUUCACGCUGUCUGUCUCUGUCACAGGUACUAAAGGGCUGUGUUUUGGGUCCCGGAGCCUUGUUCUAUCUGGACAGGGGUUGGAGCUAGAAUUGAGACUCAUAACAAUGCAGGAAUAAGCUCUGGAAGUUCCACAGCUCGUGCGUGUGUAUGUAUGGGUGUGUGUGUGCACGUGCGCGCGCCUAGAACCACAUUGAUACUGUGAAACGGGAACGCUUCCAUAGAAUUUUUUUUUUUUUUUCAUUUGGCUGUAAGACUGUUGAUUAAUACAAUUGAUGUUCUGCUGCUACAAAGCACACACCUGUACUCCCAAAUACACAGUAAACCGUCAGGUGGGUGACAUGGUGGCGUCUGUACCCGUGGGCUGUGUGGGUGCAAAGGAGCAUGGCCUUGAAUCACGUAUAGGGUUGCAUAGAUUAGUGUUUCUGUUUGUUCAGAUGUUGAAUGGGCACGCACAAUAAAGCCAGUGUCAUAAGGUUCAGGUAGUUUUACAGUGAAGGGGUUCUGUCUGGGAUUUGAGGUGAGGACAUCCUGCUCAGCGGACGAGGCACCAGGAUCGAAAGAGUGAGACGCGUCGAUGAAGGAAACGAAGCAGAAGGGGUUUUUGGUUCGACAUAGCUUGUUGAGAAGGACCACUUUUUUUACAUUCAAUUUGAACUUUUACGUUAAGACUAUUGUUUUUGCAAUAUUCAACAACCAGUGCAUAGCACUCAAGCUUUUGUUUACAAAAGUGCAAUCAGAUCGUGUCUGUGAACAUGCGCAUACACAUUCAAAUCCAGCUAGUGUCAUUGUUAGUGGGAGUGGUGUGUGACUGAACAGACAGGCACUCUGCAGGGUAAAAUGGGCUAAAUUCCAUUUACAUUCCAAAAAAAAAAAA